AUGCCGUACGCUAAUCAACCAAGUGUUCAAGUGACUGAAUUAACUGAAGAUAAUAUAAAAUUUGUUAUUGAAAAUACAGAUUUAAGUGUAGCUAAUGCUAUCCGUCGUUGUAUGAUUGCUGAAACACCAACAAUAGCUAUUGAUUCUGUACAAAUUGAUUCUAAUACAACAGUUUUAUUUGAUGAAUUUCUUGCACAUCGUAUUGGUUUAAUUCCAUUAUAUAGUGAAGAACUUGUUGAUAAAAUGAAUUAUCAUCGUGAUUGUGCAUGUGAAGGUUUUUGUCCACAAUGUUCAGUUGAAUUUACACUUGAUGUAAGAAAUCGAGAAGAUCAAACAAGAAAUGUUACAUCAGCUGAUCUUAUAACAAGUAAUCCACAUUUAGUACCAGUAACAUCAAAAGCUAAAAAUGAUGAUGAAGGACGAGAUAAUUUUGUUGAUCAUAUUUUAAUUGUUAAACUUCGUCAAGGUCAAGAACUUCGUUUAAAAGCUCAUGCAAGAAAAGGUUUUGGUAAAGAACAUGCUAAAUGGAUCCCAACUUGUGGUGUUUCAUUUGAAUAUGAUCCAGAUAAUAGUCUUCGUCAUACAAUUUAUCCAGUACCUGACGAAUGGCCACAUUCGGAAUAUUCUGAAUUGCCUGAAGAUAAACAUGAAGCAGUAUUUGAUGCAACUAAAGUACCAACUAAAUACUUUUUUAAUCUUGAAUCAACAGGUGCAUUAAAACCAGAAACAAUUGUUCUAUCUUGUUUAAAUGUUCUUAGACAAAAAUUGAGUAAUUUACAAACAUUACUUAAACAUGAAACAUUAGAAGGAAUAUAA